CUUUGAUGAGUCAAUAAUUUUGACAGAAACUUUUAGUUUUAUUUUGUAGAGCAGUCCAAAUUUUUGUAAUACAAUAACUUAAAAAUUUUAAAAAAAAAAAAAAGAAGAAAAGUUAAAAUAUAUUUUUAAAAUAUGGGAAGCUGCAAGAAAAAUAGUUAUAAUGUUAUGGAUGAAAUAAGCAAAUUAAUUUGUGAAAUGGAUUGCCGAAAACCCGAGCCAGAAUGUUGUAAUAUAUCAUGUCCACCACUGGGAUGUCCACAAGGACCCUGCCCAGGAAUGUGCACUAUUCAAAGAGCUCCUGAUCCAUGUUGUGUCUCCAAGAUGCCAAAGUCAUUUUCUUGCAAACCAACAUCACAAUGUUGUGUUCCUAGUCCGUGUUUUCCAACAAAAAAAUACUGUCUUACUCCUGCUAUACCUUCACGACAAAAAACAUUUGCCCUAAAUUGUCAACCACCCUGCUGCCCACCAGUACCACAAUCAUGUGAAUGGGAUCGUGAACAUAUUAAAGUUUGUUAUCCUACUGGACCGAGCUGUUGUCCAACUCCUUGUUGUCCAGCUCCAUUAACUUGUGUUCAACCACAAAAACAAGCAUGGCAAAUGUGUUGUCCAACGACAUAUCCCAAGCCAUGUCCACCUCCAUGUCCUCCACCUGUUCCCAGCUGUCCUUUACCAAGAAAUUUGUCAUCACCACCUGCAUGUUCAACAUACAUUGUUUCCAUUCCACCUCGAUAAACACAAUCAUUGUAUAUUUAUUUGAAUAUUAAUAAAAAAAUAUAAAGAACAUACAAUGCAAAAAAAA